AGGAGCAAUUGAUAACGGUAUUUAACUAUAAUCUCUCCUUGCAGUGUACUGUUGACGAAAGAAAAAACAAAAACCUGAUAGGAAAGCAAGAAGCUCUUAAUCUCGAAUGAAAAGUUGAUCGCAGCGGCAGCAAGUGGUUCACGCAUAGGCGAAGGUCGUCAAAAUUAAUAUUUUCUUUGAAAGCAUCAGCCAACUGGCUGAAGGAUUAGUGAAGAUGCGUGCCCUCGGAAUAUCGGUCAUCAGCCUUGCAUUGACAGGUUUGGUGAUCGGAAAUGCGUACUAUCAGAAGAAACAAUUUUAUCCUUCUGUGGUCUACAUCACUAAGUCGAAUCCCAGCAUGGCGGUUAUCUACAUCCAAUCGCUGGUACUAGUCCUGAUGUUGGGAAAACUGAUGAAGAAAGUUUUUUUGGGUACACUGCGAGCAGCAGAGUUCGAGCAUUUAAUGGAGAGAUUUUGGUACGCUCUAACUGAAACCUGUUUAGCUUUCACCGUUUUCAGAGAUGAUUUUAAUCCGAAAUUUGUUGCAUUAUUUACCGUGUUGCUGUUUUUAAAGUCAUUCCACUGGUUAGCUGAAGACCGCGUUGAUUAUAUGGAACGAAGCCCGGUGAUUGGAUGGAUAUUCCAUCUAAGGGUUGCAGGGCUGUUAGCGUGCUUAGGUGUACUGGACUAUCAGCUCAUUUCAUACGCAUAUCAAUCUACAAUUGCCAAAGGCGCAACUGUGCAGUUGGUCUUUGGAUUCGAAUAUGCUAUUUUGAUGACCAUGGUGUUAAAUACAGCCAUCAAGUACAUGUUUCACGCUGCAGAGCUACGUUCCGACACCCCUUGGGAGAACAAGGCAGUAUUUCUACUCUACACGGAACUUAUCAUUGGAUUUAUCCGAGUGGUUCUGUAUGUAAUAUUUGUUGUAUUAAUGGUGAAGAUCUACACCCUCCCACUUUUCGCAUUUCGACCAAUGUACUACACAAUGAGGAAUUUCAAAAAAGCCCUCAAUGACGUUAUUUUGUCUCGUCGAGCUAUUCGUAAUAUGAACACACUAUAUCCCGACGCAACCCAAGAGGAACUGCAGCUGUCCGAUAAUAUCUGCAUCAUCUGUCGUGAAGAUAUGGUCAGUAAUUCGAAGAAGCUACCAUGUGGACAUAUUUUCCACACUACUUGCUUGCGGUCCUGGUUCCAACGACAGCAGACCUGUCCAACGUGUAGACUUAACAUCCUUCGAACACCUAUAACGACUACAACUCCUAAUGCGGUUCAACCAGUAAAUAACGAACCGGCCAAUUUACCCAAUGCAAAUGAAGGAAAUCGAUCAAGCACUGCAGGAAGUGUUGGAACAACAGCAGCUAUACAAACGAAUGCUUCCACCUUAAACGCUGCAAAUUCUACCUCCGUUCCAUUGAUUCCCGGAGCUCCGUUAGUAUUUCCGCCAAUUCCUUUCAUGGGUAUUCCACCAUAUGCAAUGCCCUUACCACCUGCACCACCUGCCCUUGACACCCUUUCCGACGAUGAAUUGCGUGCUAUGGAAGGAAACGAACGACAACACGUCGAAGAACGAAUCAAACAUCUUCAAAAUAUUCGCACACUGUUGGAUGCAUCGGUGGCACUUAUGAACCAGUACUCUGCUCUGGUAGCUCGUUUACCUCCGGUUGCUGCUCCAGUAGAAUCCAUUGCUAGCACUAGCCAAGGAUCAGCACCAUCAGUUCCAGCAGAUUUCACUAACUUGGUUAAUCCAUCAGUGAUUGCAAAUGUGCCGCCAGCUUCCGUGACUACUCAGGAAAUAGCAGAAAACAAUUCUUUGUCGCCGACAAUCACCCCUACGGUAGCCAAACUAGAGGAUCUUGGUAGUGAUGACGAUUCCGUUUCGAAACUCAAUAAAGAACCUUUACCUAGUACCAGCAAAGAAUUCCUGAUAACUCCAGAUCAGCAGCAGCAAUCAGUGCCAAGUACCUCGGUGAGCAGUAACAGUAACAGCAGUAGCACUAGCAAUGUAAGGCAUGCAGAUAAUUCUGAAAUGAGUGAAAUCCGUCGCAGACGUCUGGAGAAAUUUGGUUCGCGGCUAAGCUCUGAUUAAAAGACGUUAAAAACUUAUGAGACUGGUACAAGUCUGCUGAUAGUUUAGGCUGGUGAUUCGAUAAGGAACAGCUAAACCUAUGUAUUUAGUUUGAUAUUUUCAUUCUACUGCAUUAUGUUCCUAAGAUGGAAAAAAAAAAAAAUGCUUAUUUUAUGUUUGUUUUCAGAGCUUCAAUUCUUUUACUUGUUCCGUAUGAUUUGCAUUUUUUCUUCCUUAUGCGCAAGUUUGCUAAUAGGUAAAGAAAGAGUAGGUUUGUUCUCGGUAGCAUCAUUGCACCAAUUGUGCGUCGAUAGCAACUCGUGUUACAUGAGCUGUAUCAUAAACAGUGAAAUUGAUCAUAAAUUUUAACAAUAUUUGUAACUGAAUACGAGACACACAAGAUAAAAAAGAACUGUAGUAGAAAGAGAGAACACAAAAUAUUGUUUAUUUAAAAUGUACUAGCUAGUGCUGAAAAACGUUCACUAUUUGUAAAUGUAAAUAUUCCUACAUCUCAAUAAAUGUAAAAAAAUAAGAA